AUGUCUGAGGAGCAGUUCGUCUACCCGGUCCCCGAGGCCUCGGAUCUGAGCCGCUGGCGUCUGAAGACCGACCUGGUUGGCCGGCACACCUGGCACUACCUGGCCACCGACGACGACCCCGAGGGCGAGAGCAAUGUCAAGGACUGGCCCCAGGACAAUGCCACCAAAUUCCACCUCAACAUCCUGAAGCCCGCGGAUCUCCCCUUCGAUGUGCCCACCGAGAAGGCCACCACCCCCGAGGAGUCGGCCCGUCGCGGAAUGGAGUUCGUCCGGGCGGUCCAAUGCCCGACGUCCGGCCACUGGGCCGGUGACUACGGUGGCCCGAUGUUCCUGAUCCCCGGGCUGGUGAUCUCCCUCUAUGUGGCCGGGACCUUGGAGCAGGCCAUGCCGCGAGUGUACCGCCAGGAGAUGAUCCGCUACCUGUUGAAUCUCCAGCACCCGGAGCAGGGUGGCUGGGGUCUGCACAUCGAGGACAAGUCCACCAUGUUCGGCACGGCCCUCAACUAUGUGGUUCUGCGCAUCCUCGGCGUGCCGCGCAACUGCGUGCAGCUGGCCCGCGCUCGCGAGUUCAUGGCCAAGCAUGAUGGUGCCUAUACCGUCCCUGCGUGGGGGAAGUUCUGGCUGGCCCUCAUGAAUGUCUACUCGUGGGAGGGGCUGAACCCGGUGCAGCCGGAGCUGUGGCUCCUGCCGUAUGCCCUGCCCAUUCACCCCGGCCGGUACUGGUGCCACACGCGCAUGGUCUACCUGCCGAUGUCCUACUGCUAUGCGCACCGGAUCACCGUGCCCAUCAACCAAUUCAUCCGGUCCCUGCGGGAGGAGCUCUACCCGGGGACCCCCUUCGCCAAGGUGGAUUGGAUGGCCGCGCGCAAUGCCGUGGCCGCGCCGGACAACUAUUCCCCCCACACGCAGGUGCUGGACUCGGCCUAUGUGGUGCUCGGUGGGGUGGAGGCCUGCAUGCCGCCCUUCCUGCGGGCUCGCGCCGUGGAGGAGGUGGCCAUGCUGGUGCGCGCGGAGGACGACAACACCCGGGGCAUCGGCAUUGGCCCGGUCAGCAAGGUCAUCAACAUGGUGGUGGCCUGGCACCGGGAGGGCGCCGACAGCGAGUGGUACCAGAUGCACAUGGACCGCGUGCCGGACUACCUGUGGAUGGGGGCCGACGGUUUGCGCAUGACCGGCACCAAUGGCUCGCAGCUGUGGGACGCGGCCUUCUAUGUGCAGGCCAUGAUCAGCUGCGGGGCCGAGGCCAUGGCCCUGGACCCGACCAACCGGGAGGCCGAGUCGGUGCGCGCCAGCAUGAAUGCCGCGCUGCGCUUCCUCGAUCAGACCAUCGUCCGGCGGGAUGUGCCGAACCAUGCCCGGGUCUAUCGCGAGCCCUCGGUCGGGGGGUAUCCCUUCUCCACCAACCACUGCGGGUGGACGGUGGCCGAUUGCACGGCCGAGGGCCUGCGCGCGGCCAUGUCCCUGCAGUCGCAGCGCUUUGCCCCGCGCGGGAUCUUCCGCCACCGCGACCACCAGGCCUCGAUGGACCUGCUGCUGGCCCAGCAGAACCCGGAUGGCGGGUUCAGCUCGUACGAGCCGCGCCGCGGCCCGACCAUCCUGGAGGCCAUCAACCCGGCCGAGGUGUUCAGCGACAUCAUGGUCGAGUACAGCUAUGUCGAGCUGACCAGCGCCUGCUCCCAGGCCAUGGUGGAGUUCCGCCACCACUACCCGGAGUACCGGCCCCAGGACAUUGGCAAGGCUCUGGAGCGUUGCUACCAGUUCAUCCUCUCCUCGCAGAAGCCGGAUGGCAGCUGGUACGGGUCGUGGGGCGUGUGCUUCACCUAUGGCGGCUGGUUCGGCCUCGAGGGGCUGGCCACCUUCCAGCAGUUCUACUCCAACUCCGAGGCCUCGCGCCGCGGCUGUGACUUCCUCCUGGCCCACCAGAAUGCCGAUGGCGGCUGGGCCGAGUCGUACCUCUCUUCCUCGGAGAAGGUGUACCACGGGCUGGAGCGCUCGACGGCCGUUCACACCGCGUGGGUGGUCAUGGGCCUGCUGGCUGCCCGGUGCCCGAACACCGAUGCCAUCAAGCGCGCUGUCAAGCUUAUCAUGGAGCGCCAGCUGCCUGAGGGCAACUGGCCGCAGGAGUCCAUCGUCGGCAACUUCAACAAGAACUGCAUGAUCAGCUACCCGAACUACACGGACGCCUUCUCCCUGUGGGCUCUGGGCCGCUUCAACCGCAUUUCCAAGCAUGACUUCGACUAUGAGGCCGAGUUCCAGAACCGCAUCCGCUCCAACACUGCUCCGGCCGGCGACCCUUAA